UGUAAUGCGCUUAGUAUACAGACUGCGUAGUGCGUCUCCAUCGAGAGCGCAACGCCUUUGCGUCGGGACUUUCUCCAACACGGCCUCCGACUUCCUGUUGCUUGUGUACCCAGUGUAACAACAUAACGACCGAUUAGGAUGCAUCGCUCAUAGGUCUCUAAUUGACUGGGUACCAGGGGCAACGAUGCAAGCGGCCUCAGGGGCAAAGUCGCUCGCACGUAGAUCUGCAAUUGCAGAAAGCUUUAGAUGCCCAACAUUAUCGCGAUGCCGAGCUGUCUGGGCGUUCGCAGUGGACCGACGCGUGGGGGGUCCGCGCCACCACGAUGCCCACGGAUUUCGCUGCACAAGAUGGACACGUGCAUCUGCUCUGGGUACAGAGCGGGCACAAGUUGUCACCUAUAGCAGCGCAGAUGCGUAUACCUCAACGUUAGAUACAAACAGCAACAGCACGCUAGGGCGCGGCCCGGGCGGCGCCGCUAAUCCGGUCGCGGACGGCGCGGUGCGCGGGCAGCAGCCGCAGCCUGGCACCGCGGCGCAGCUCUCUUCCGGAUCCGACCCAGCCGCCAGCGACCCAGCCGCAGCUGGACCCGGCUCCGGCGGUGGUCCUGACGCGCAGGCGGCUGCGCUGCCGCCCGACCCAGAUGUCGUGCUUGACGAAUUCGUGUCGGCAUUCGGGCUGCCCCGGCAAAAGCUGCUCAUGAUCCUGCAGCGUCAGCCCGCAUUGGCGCGCGCCCACCCUCGCCUGCUGGCGGAACGUAUCGCGGCCUACACCCGCGUCACCGGGCUAUCCGCGUAUCAGCUGCUGUACGUGGUGGCGCGGCGGCCGGCGGUGCUGCAGCUGCCGCCGCCGGUGCUGGGCGCGCGGCUAGAGGCCUUGUCGGAGGGCCUGUCGCUCUCCCGCGAGGACGCGCUUAAGAUGCUGCUGUCGCAGCCGGCGUUUGUGGACGUGCCGCCUGACGCGCUGCGGCUGCUUGUCAUCCGCGUCGCCGGCGAGCUCCGCGUGCGGCCGCCAGCGGCGCUGCGCGUGCUGGCGGGGCUGCCGCCCGGCGAGCUGCGCGGCAUCCUGGUGCGGCCGCCGGGCAUGCUGCGCGAGCGGCUGGCGGGGCUGCGGCGGCUGAUGAAGCAGACGUUCGGCUCGCGGCGCGCCACACCGCGCGCGGCGCUGCUGCUGGUAGCGCGGUGCCCGCUGCUGCUGGCGCUGCCCAACAAGGCGGUGGAGGCCUCGCUUGCAGCCUUCAUGUCCAUCCCGCCCACCAAGUCCCUGGCGGCGGCGGCGGGCGGCCCCGCCGCCGCCGCCAGGGCGGCGGCUGGCGCUGCCCCUGGCUCAGGCGCGAGCACCACCACCAGCACCACCGCCAACCGCAGCAUGCUGAAGACGCUGCUGGCGUGCCCGCACGUGCUGACGCUGCCGCCGGAGACGCUGCGCGGGCGCUUCGUGACGCUGGCGGCGGCAGCGCGCAUUGACCUGCCCGCCGCCGUCAGCAUGCUGCUGCUGCAGCCGCGCCUGCUGCUUGUGGACCCGGCGCGCGUGCGCUCGCGCCUCGAGGGCCUGACCUUCUCGCUCAUGGUGCCUCGCAAGACGGCGCUGGACAUGGUGGUCCGGCAGCCGCAGCUGCUGGUGUACCAGACGGAGACACUGGCGGAGAACUGGGCGGCGCUGCAGGGGCUGCUGGGCGUCACGUUCGAGGCGGCCAUGGCCGUGGUGGCGCGGCACCCCAACCUGCUGUGCAUCGGGCCCGCCACGCUGUCCUCCAAGCUGGCGGCUCUGGAGGCGCUGUUCGCGCUGCCGCACGCGCGAGCCGUGCUGCUGUGCCUGGAGCGGCCCGUGCUGCUCACCUACUCGGAGCGGCGCUACAAGCUGAUUCACCGCACGCUGUCUUCGCUCAUCCCGCUGACGCCGGCGGCGCUGGGGCGGCUGGUGCUGAGCCACUCCUACCUACUGCAGGAGGACCCCAUGCAGCUCACGUCCAAAGCGAGCGACGCGGCUUCGCUGCUGGCGCUGACGGAGGCGGACAUUGGCAACAUGCUCGGCCGCUCGCCCGCAUUCAUCACACGCGACUUCAGGCACUGGCAGACCAACCUGGACACCAUCACCAGCAGCCUGGGGGUGCGGCUGGAGCACGCGCGGGCCGCCGUGUUCAGGUACCCGGGCCUGCUGGCCGCCGACCCCGCGGAGCUGCACAGGUCGGCUGCCUCGCUGAUGUGCCUGGUCCGCACCUCCCCGGCCUGGCUGUCGCAGCUGGAGGCGGUAACGCAGCCCGACGUGGUGUUCAGGUGCCUGCGCGGACACAACCCCCGCACCCUGGCGCACCUGCGAUUCCUGGUGGACGCGGGCUUGCAGAAGAAGCAGUCCUUCAUCAGCCCCAUCAUCUGGGACCGCCCCACCUUCACCCAGCGCUACCCCGCAUUCGUGGAGUGGCAGGCCGCGCGCGCCGCCGCCGCCGUGGCGCCCAACGGCCUGCCGCUGCGGCGGCCGCGCCUGACCGCUGUCCCGGUCGCUGACGUGGACGCGGAAGAGGAGGUGCAGGCGGGCGCGGCAGAGGCGUGGCUGGUGGCGGAGCCGGCAGGCCCGGCACCGCAGGCUGAGGGCACGGUGGAUGCGCGCGGGCUAGGGCAGGGGUGGGACGAGGAGGGCGGGGAGCGCUGGGACAGCUCCGGAGCAAGCGGGCGCUCGGCCGCAGGCACAUCCACAUCUGCAGCCGCACCGAAGGCGACGUCGGGCUCGGCCGGCAGCCCAGCGACUAGUACUAGUGCCGCCGUGACGAGCAGCAGUGCCGCCGGUGCCGCGGCGCCGAAGCCGGAGGGUGCACAGCCGGGCGCAGGGGCCAGCUUGCCACCAGCUAGCAACGCGCUGACCACAGGCGCCGGUGUGAGCGUGGCGACGGCCAUGUCGCGGCAAAGCGCCAGGCCUGCAGCAGCCGACGAUCGCAGCAGCAGCGCUAGCAGCAGCGCAGCGCAGCCUGGCAGCGGGCGCGCCAGCAGCACAAAGCUAGCCACGAAGCCGGUGCGCGGGGCGGGCGGCAGGGGCGCCGGCGCGGCGCCGGCGGCUGGGCCGCCCGUGCCGGCGCUGCGCGCCAUUCCGCGGCGGCAGCAGGUCAUCCGCAUGCCCAGUGCCGGCAGCAGCGUUGAUGAGGAGCCGUUGUGAGGGUGAUAACAUCAGGGGGGGUGGGGUAGGGGGCUUGCAGGAGUGAGUAGGCAAGGCGAGGCAACGGGCCGGUACGUGUGUGGGCGCUGUAUUGAGGGCAUGCGAGCUCCAUUGUGCGGCGCUGGGUGUGAAUGGCACUUGCGGGGUGCAGAUAUGGUGGGGGUAGAUCAUUCCAAUUCCAACGGGGGGCGAGGGGGGUGCUUGAGAAUAGCGAGAAGAGUUCAGAGUUCUGAAGGCAGCUGCUGCAAUAAUACAUCCCGGCCUGCGUGUAUGGUUUCGGUGUAUGCACUUGUGUGGUGGUGUCCGAGUGCAGAGGCGUUGGCAGAAUGCCGUGGAAUUAAAAGUUCAUCUAGGCUCUCGUACAAGGAAGCAGGGCAAGGCGCUCCAUCGAAGCUUCAAGGGCAAAACUGGCAACUGGCGAGAAAGGACUGCCGACGGCUGAUGCGUGAUGGGCAAGGGUGAUGCCGAAUGUGCGAAUGUAUGUGUUCCUGUUUCCUUUGGGACAUUGCGCCCCGGCAGCUGCAGGCGGGGUGCAAGGGAGGGGUGUAGCCAUCUGAUGGUGGUGAUACUUUUGCCGUCAAUGGUCAUUCUGUGCUAGGCUGUGCUGGCUGUCACCUGGUAGGCUUGCGGCGGAUGCAGGACCAACGUGGAUGUCGAGCGGUCUAGGCCACAGGUCACUUGAGGAUGGGUACCGUGCUGCUGGAGGGAGAAGGAACACCGUUAAGGAGUACCCCGUGCGACAGGAAGAACCUUCGUGGCCACUGCCAGGCAUGACAAGCAAGGUGGCUCUCCCUCUCGCUGACAGGGACGAGGACGGCGCUUGCGGCCUGCAAACAGGUUCUAGUGAGAUGCAUGGAAAGAUACAGGGGCAGCAUCCUCUGGGGCAUCCCUUUUGGUUACUCGCACGGCCCUAGCAGUUAGUUAAUGCAUAUAACAAAUUCUGAUAUCAAUAAUCAGGAGUAGCAGUACGGUUUGUUGACCAGCUUUGCGUGCACCACGCGAGCGUGGGGCUUGGCAGGGCAGCGUGUUGGGCGGGGUGGGAGGUGUGGAGAAGGCAUGCAACUGCGGUGGCGAUGGUGCCGGGGUGCAGGCCGCAGACGUCGCGAUGCAGAUG